UUUUCUUAGGGUAUAGAUCACGCAGUGAAACAGAGCUACCGUUCAUGAGAGCUCCCAUUUUUAAAGCAGAGGAAACAACUGAAACUACCCUCAAGUUGACUGUCAAAUUGAAUAAACAAAUCUCUGGUGAUGGCCACAGACUUCCCCUUUGACUUGUAACUGUCUGAUCCCCACACACAGCUCACUUCAAAUGAAAACAACUGUUAAUAAAAAUGGCCGAAACCCCUCAAUUCCCUUUCAUCACCUUCAACACUUCCCACCAGCAAAGAACACCUCGGGAGACCACCAACACUCUUGAAACUAGAAACCCAUCAGAAAAGAUUGCAGAUGCCAAUACAGAGAUGUCUUUUCUUCAAACCCAUUUCAGUAAUUCUCCUUGUUUUUCCAUUACUCUCAAUCACCGCAUCUGGGUAUGGUUCGCCAGGGACGAUUGCCGCGUCUUUUGGCGAGAAUGGCUUCUUCUGCGCCAUAGAUGCGGGUGGGAAGCAAGAGAUCAUAUGCUGGGACAAGGACAAUAAAUCCACUGUCUCUUCAACGGCAUUUUCCAGUUCUCUUCCAGCCAUGGCUUCUCUCUCUGGCGGUGAGGGGUUUCUCUGCGGCAUUACGUCGAACAACUCUCGGAUUUUCUGUUGGGACUUGGUUAAUUCGGGUGAGAAUCUUGUCCCCGGAGCUUUUAGAUUCAGUUCUUACUUGCAAGUAGCUGCUGGUGGGAAUCAUGUUUGUGCUAUAAGAGGAUCUUACUAUUCUGGUACUGACUUUGGGUACAUUGAUUGCUGGGAAUAUCAUCAAACAAUUGGUACUCAUAAUUUUACUUUAGGGACUGUGAGUAAUUCUUCAUUUCAUGAUCCUUUUAUUGAUAGUCUUAUGUUUAGGAGGAUUGUCUCUGGAGAUGGAUUUAGUUGUGGUGUUGUUAAGGAUGGAAAGGUUGUUUGCUGGGGACCCAACUCAUCUAAUUUGGGUCUUCCAACUACCUCUGGUGAGCUUCAGGUUUUAGCUUCAGGGAGGAACUCAAUUUGUGGGAUCUCUAGUGUCUCUAAUAAAGUUGAAUGCUGGGGAGACGCUGAUGAAUUUGGCACCAUUCCGAUUGGGACCAAGUUUGUUGGUUUAUCAACUGGUGCACGCCAUUUCUGUGGCAUCCACAAGGAUGAUCAUGAAGUAGAGUGUUGGGGAAGUAUUGAUUCAUCUUCAGUUCCAAAAGGUUAUGGAUUCGUGUCAAUUGCAUCAGCCGAGUUUAUUACUUGUGGCAUGCGAGAAGUUGACUUGGUUCUUGAUUGUUGGGGUGUUCAUGGCCAGUCUCCUUCGGGUUAUAGCCCUCCUCUGCAGUUAUGUAGUCCAGGCAUGUGUUCACCUGGGCAGUGUGGUCCAGGGAGAUUUGCAUUCAAUGCUAGCAUUCUUAACGAGCCGGAAUUAACAAGCCUUUGUGUUCAAAAGGAUCUGAAGAUUUGCCUGCCUUGUGGAACUAAUUGUUCCGAAGGAUAUUUCCCUUCAAGCAUGUGUAGUGAGAAUGCAGACAGAGUAUGUACUGCUUGUUCACUUUGCCAAAACAGCUCUUGUUGGGAUGUUUGUAGGCUUCCUUCAUCCGGGAUUCGACAGCAAGAGCAGCAACAGAUGAGGAGAUUGAUAAUAAUUAUUGCAUCAUCUGUGGUGGGCUCAUUAACAAUCUUAAUAGGGUGUUGUCUUAUUCCUUACAGUGUCGAAAGUAAAGAAGAUGAGAGGGUCAGAACUCAAUGCAUUUUCUGUAUAGGCAAGCCAGUGGUUGAAGCUGACCCUGAUCCCAGUCCACAACCACCUAUCUCUACAGUCACAUCUAUCGGUGAUACCCAAGUUUUCCGUCUUUCAGAACUGAAAGACGCCACACAUGGAUUCAAGGAAUUCAGUGAGCUUGGCCGAGGAAGCUUUGGUUUUGUUUACAAAGCUGUCCUGCCCGACGGUAGGCAACUGGCAGUCAAAAGAGCUAAUGCUGCCACUAUAAUCCACACCAGUAUCCGGGAUUUCGAAGCUGAAUUAGAAAUUUUGUGCAAACUCAGACAUGCCAAUAUUGUGAAUUUGUUGGGUUAUUGCGUUGAAAUGGGGGAAAGAUUGCUGAUCUAUGAGUACAUGCCUCAUGGAACACUUUAUGAUCAUCUUCAUGGUGAGCUCUCUCCUCUUGAUUGGAACUUGAGGUUACGGAUUUCUUUGCAGGCUGCAAGAGGAUUGGAGUACCUCCAUAACGAAGUAACUUCUCCCAUUGUUCACUGUGAUGUAAAAACAUCAAAUAUCCUUUUAGACUCCGAGUGGGGCGCAAGGAUUGCAGAUUUUUGGUUUCUAAAUGCUAACGAAAGGGAUUUAAACGUGGGUAUGGAGAACCAUGUCUACAAAUUCGGAAUUGUUCUGCUAGAGAUAUUAAGUGGAAGAAAAACAUACGAUACCGACUGCAUGCCUCCAGGGAUCGUUGAGCGGGCAUUGCCAUUAAUCAGACAGGGAAAGGCAGCUGCCAUUAUUGAUCAAAACGUGGCUCUUCCAAGAAAUGUGGAACCGCUGCUUAAACUUGCUGAUUUAGCAGAGCUAACUUUGAGGGAAAAUCCAGGCGAGCGUCCCAGCAUCACGAAUCUGGUAAAUACUUUGGAUAUAAUUUGUAAUAGUGGAUUGGCCUUCUGAUCAUAUCAGGAUCCAUAUAAAUUUUUUUAAAGAAACACUUUUUUAGGCUUUUCAACUGUA